AUACAUAGUCAGGUGAAGGUCGGAACGAGACGGAAGCUUAGAUCCGGGUUCACAAAAGUAAGUUCCGCUAUAUAACUGAGCUUCUGCACUACAGACAUAACAGAACGCAGAACAUUUGAGGAAAUCACAUUCUGACACAAGAAUAUCAGCACAAUGGCGCUCAUGGAGGAUACCCUGAGGAAGCCGACAGACCCACUGCAGGAGGGUCUUGAACUACGCAUGUAUAGCAUGCGCAUGUGUCCGUAUGCACAGCGCGCCCGGCUGAUACUGGCAGCGAAGGGAGUGAAGUACAACUGCAUCAACAUCGACCUGAACAACAAGCCAGAUUGGUUCUUCGACAUCAACCCCUAUGGCGAGGUGCCAGUUGUCAUCCACAAUGGCAGCAAUGUGUACGAAUCACUGAUAUGUGCAGAGUACCUAGAGGAGUCCUUCUCUACACCUACCCUUUACAGUUCGGACCCAGUGAAGCGUGCCUGGGAGAAGAUAUACUUCAACCACUGGACCAAGAAGGGUAUCCCAGCCUUCUACAGCCUACUGAAAGCCGGCCAUCUGGACCCGGAACUGACAAACAGGCUGAACGAACAUGUGUCAACUAUGGAUCAAUACUUGAAGAAAGCUGACACUCCCUAUUUCCAUGGCAAAACACCUGGUUUCCCGGACUACAUGAUCUGGCCUUGGUUUGAGAGGAUCCCCAUGAUGGGUGAAAUAACUGGCUACAAGACAGAUGAGACCAAGUACCCUGCCAUCACUGCCUGGGUGGCCCGGAUGUGGAAGGACCCGGUUGUGCAGGAAUGUAAGAUUGACAGUCGACUCUUUGUGGAGCAUUAUGGCAAGUACAGAACAGGCAGACCUGACUUCACCAUCGGAGCAGACGCCAAACGGGCACCGGUUGCAGAGGCACUUGAGAACCUGGAUGGUCUCCGUGAUCCUAAAACAAGAUUCAAGCAGACAUGAUGACAUCAACCAGUUGUGUUGGGUGGUCUCUGGAAGGUUUAAGCGAGAUUCAAACAGACACUGUUUCAAGCAGACAAAACUUCUAUUCUUGAAAACAAGGAUAUGCUGUUAUCAUCUGUGUAUUAUCUAACUUUAUCAUUUUAUUUCACAAAUCCAUCCAUAUUUCUGAAAUUGGUGGGAAAAAAUGUUUACAAUUGAAGACUGUUGUUGUAUGUUGAGCACUUUUUACUGUCCCUCUGCAUAAUGUGUUUGAUGCACUCACUAUGUGUGCUGACCACAUGACCCAAAACACCAAAGACUAACCAUGUAUUCUCGUCAGCAACCUGUCUUAUUUACCAUGCUUGAGUCAUGUACAUGCAUGCUUCAGUCGAGGCCUAUUGUGAAUAUUUAAUGGAAUAUUAGACAGCAUGUUAACCUGACUUAUCUCCCCAGUCUCACGACUGCUCGAGCCCCAAUGGAUGGUGUCACUUCAGUCCAAUGUUUGACUUCCUUUCCGACACAAGUUUCAUUACUUUUUGUUGCCACAUUGUUGCAACCCAUUUCUUGACCCAAGUACUGCUCCAUCUGUUUCUGGAGAUUACUGUGAUUGUAGAUCAAUGUAGGCUUGUGUGACUGGUGUUGUGAGUCAGGCAGGUUCUACACCAUUGAUGCAUUACACAGGAAGAUCGAUCUUCACUGGUACUGAAAAAUAAUAUCAAGUUAAUCCGUUCUUCAUGUACAUGAAAGUGUUAAACCUGCCAUGGAUAUUUGGUGCAUAUUGGGACACUGUUUUGUUUAUGUUUAUGUAUUGUUGUUUUCUUGAUAAAUAAAUGUCACGUGCCAACA